AUGGCAGAAAAGUUGUUGGAUAGUAGCCUCAUCACUGCUCUUAUCGAGUGGAUGAGAAUUCAACAAGAGAAAAUGCAAAGUCAACUCGAAGAACAGACGAGGAUGCUGCAGGAACAAAUGAAGAUCCAGCAAGAAGCAAUGAGUGCGCAGCAUGAAGAAACAAUGCGACCCGAGCAUCUUCCAUCGCCAUCGGGAACAUCACAAAUUGAAACUUUUAGAGUACCAACGAGCCUGCGGGCAAAGGCUAGUGACUCGACUCCACUAACAAUUAAUUUUAGAAGAGAGCAAGAUUAA